AUGUUGUGGUUAGGAAAUAUAAAAGGAUCACCCAUUUCUGUUCGUUUACAAAACCAAAAAGUACAAGAAGUAUCAGGUAAUUUGUUGUUUUUAAAAUCUUCUAUGACUUCUGAUUUUUCUAGAUUUCCCAGAGGGUUAAACGAAGUUCCUAGAUGGAAAGCCACUGAAUUUAGACUAUUUCUUCUUUAUAUUGGUCCUAUAGUCUUAAAAGAUAUUCUUAACAAUGAAUGCUAUUUACAUUUCAUGUGUUUGCAUAUUUGCUUUAGGAUUCUUCUAGUUAAAAAUAGCAGUGAUGAACUUGUUGGAUUUGUAGAAAAACUAUUGUCAUAUUUCGUUCAAAAAUUUGGUAUAAUUUACGGACAGAAAUUUAUGUCUCACAACGUACAUGGGCUUCUUCAUAUUGUUGAUGACUACAAACAAUUUGGUCCUUUAGAUGAAUUAUCUUCUUUUCCUUUUGAAAACUAUAUGAAGUCCCUAAAAAAAAUGGUUCGUAAACAUAAAAAACCUUUGGAACAAGUCAUUAAGCGAUACCAAGAACUUCUUGAGUUUAGUAAUAAACCUCCUAUAUCUAAUUUAUUGCCUCAUAAUUCUAUUGAGUAUAAGAAACCUCAUAAUAAUGGGCCGAUAUUGGGCAAUGUUACUUCACAAUUCCAAAUUGUCAUCGUCAAUUAUGAUGUUAAAAUUAAAACUAACUCAAUUACAGAUUGUUUUAUUGGCUUUUCAAAAGAAGGGAUAUUGCAUAUUUAUAAAGUCUUAAAUAUUUGUUGUAAUCAUAUAACAGGAUUAAAUUUUUUUGUCGCCAAGGAAUUCAAUAAUAUUGAACCGUUUUAUGACAAACCGAUAAAUAGUUUAAAACUGGGAGUAGCAUAUGUUUCAAAUUUAUCAGAAAAUAUUGUACCUAUUACUAUUAGUCACUCGUUUCAAAAAUAUAUAGUUUUCAAUUUUCAUAAUAAUAAGCAAAUUGCGUUACCAAUCCUACAUUCAUUAAAUAACUAA